AAAUUUCAACAAAAAAACCCAAUUUUCAAAAUGUUCAAACUUAUCGUAAUUGCCGCUAUCUUCGGUUUGGCUGCUGCCGCUCCACAACCAGGUUUUGUUGCUGCCGCUCCAGUUGCUGUAGCUCCAGUUGCUGUGGCCCACUCAGUCAGUAGCCAUGGAACCGUUGUCCACCACCCAUCUCCAGCUGUAGCUGUACAUGCUGUACAUGCCCCAGUUGUUGCUCGUGUUGCCCAUCCAGUAGCAGUAGCACACCCAGUAGCUGUAGCUCACCCAGUAGCUGUAGCUCAUACUCCAGUUGUAGCCGCUGUACGCACACACCAUGUUGUCGCCGCACCAGCUGUUGUUGCUGUCCAUCAUUAGGGCCUAACCAUGAAAAUUUGAGACGUCAUAUUGUACCUUGAUUUUUUAUACACUACUGACAUCAAUUACAAUGUAAUUGAUGUAAAAUAUUUAAAACAUCGCUAAAACUGUUGAAAUCGACAUUGAUAUUAUCGAUAACGAUUUUAAAUGCCAUAAAAAACCAUAAAAUAUAAUUUAUUUCAAAUUAA